GAAGGUUCCUUGCAGCAAUACAGCAUGGAGGAGUUCCUGAUCCCAGAGGACGCCCGCCCUGAGCACGGCUUCUUCUCUCCAAUCGGCUCCGGGAAAAACAGACUGGACGGUGUAAAGACCUUGCUGCGUGGUGCCUUCAAAAUAUAUAUUAGGGGAUAUGUGAAACGAAAUGGACUGCUGACUCUGUCUGUGCUUGGAGUGUUCACGGGGUGCAUCCUUGGCUACACUCUCAGAGGGUGUGAACUCUCCGUGCAGGCAAAGAUUUAUCUCUCAUUUCCUGGUGAGCUCCUGAUGAGAAUGCUAAAAAUGCUCAUUCUGCCUCUGAUCACCUCAAGUUUAAUGUCAGGCCUGUCGUCGAUGGAAUCCAAGGCCUGUUGUCAUAUAGGCUUGCUAACUGUGACCUAUUACCUAUGGACCACCUUCAUUGCUGUAGUUAUUGGCAUUGUACUGGUGGUGAUCAUCAAACCUGGCUUUGCAACGGACAUGGAGACGACCAGGCUGGGUGGAGGUCCUGUGAUGACUUCAGCAGACGCUCUGCUUGACCUGAUCAGGAACAUGAUUCCUUCAAAUCUCAUAGAGGCCACAUUUCAGCAGUACAAGACAGAUCUAAUUCCUGUCAUUAAACCACAAGCCAGCAACAAGCAGCACAGCUUUGUUUACCUGAUGCCAGACGAGGAUCAUCCUAUGGGUCACACGGUGUUACUGGAUCUCACUCCACCUCCUGAUGUUCACUACAAGAUGUAUCCUGGAAGCAGCCACCAGAUGAACGUUCUCGGGAUCGUCAUUUUCUCAGCGACUAUGGGGCUCUUGCUGGGCAAAAUGGGUGAGCGGGGUGCACCUUUAGUCAGUGUCUGCCAGUGCAUCAAUGAGUGUGUUAUGAAGAUUGUGAAUACAGCGGUGUGGUAUUUUCCCUUUGGGAUCAUCUUCCUUGUGGCUGGGAAGAUCCUGGACAUGAGUGACCCCUCCACUAUGGGGAAGAAGCUGGGCUGGUAUGCAGUAACAGUUGUGACUGGACUGUUCAUCCAUGGCUUCAUUCUUCUUCCACUAUUUUAUUUCCUUCUAACACGCAAGAACCCUUUCACGUACAUCAGAGGACUGCUGCAUGCUAUGGUCAUUGCCUUAGCUACCUCCUCAAGUUCCGCCACGCUGCCCAUUACAAUGAAGUGCUUACUGGAGAACUGUCAUGUAGAAAGACAGAUUGCCCGCUUUGUCUUGCCCGUGGGUGCCACCAUCAACAUGGAUGGCACGGCUCUGUAUGAAGCGGUGGCAGCCAUCUUCAUCGCUCAGGUUAAUGAGUACGAGCUUGAUUUUGGACAGAUGGUGACAAUAAGCAUUACAGCCACAGCUGCAAGCAUCGGUGCAGCAGGCAUCCCCCAGGCUGGCCUUGUUACCAUGGUGAUAGUGCUCACAUCUGUAGGAUUGCCACCAGAUGAUGUCACACUAAUAGUGGCCAUUGACUGGAUCUUGGAUCGAUUUCGAACAAUGAUUAAUGUACUAGGAGACUCCCUGGCUGCUGGAAUCGUCGCCCAUUUGUGUCGGAAAAACUUUGCUUCUGACACCAGUGGAUCAACCAGUGGAUCAUGCCAGAAUAAAGAUCAUGGCCGAAACAUGGAGAAUGUUCGUUUGACUGAAGUGCCGCUGCUUGCUGGAAAAGACUGCAUGUAUGAAGUGGUUGGAGACAUGGUUAUUGAGCGACCCACUGUCUACUACAACGUCUGUCAAGUUUAACCUCGGAAGUGCCUUAUUCUCACUACAUUUUCAAAACUUUUCUGUCUUUGCUGGUAGUUCACUGGCCGCAAAGACCAAAUUUUCGAAAUGAAGAUGAAUUAGUGAAGAAUGUUGCAUCCAAGUAACAAAAGGCCCAGGUGCAUAAAUGCUUAGACUUUACACGAGUGAUGCAUCAAAUGUAUUGCCUUAAAAGAGAGAGCGGACUAUAUUUUGUGACAAAAGUAUUUUUUCUAUGGUGUAAGAUUUUCUUACCUAUAUAUCUGCUAAGGAAUGUUCCUGUAGGCUGCCUGUAGUAAAUACAAGGUUACGAUUUGCACAG